ACACACACACACACACACACACACACAGCAGUGUGUUCGCUAGCGGCAGGGUGAAACGGGAAGGGCGGAGUUACAGACACAAUGGCAGCAGUGAGCGGAUUGUAACGCAGUGAAAACCCGACGACAUCGACUAGAGAUCCGGUAGGUUGUGCCGGGACGGGGCGGCGGACCGGAGGUGCCUGUCUGUCCGCGUAUCAAGCGUCCCCAGGAUGCUCCCGUCCUCCGCCUGCUGACCUGCGUCUCCACCUGGUGCGUUUGAUUCCUCCACCAUGAUGAAGACGGAGCCUCCGUCCGCCAGCGGCGGCGGGAAAGUGUCGGGAGGGGGGAACUCCACCCUCCGCAGCCCCUCCCCCCACCGGAACGCGUACGAGGCGGGGCUGGCGGCGCUGAAGCAGGCGACCGACCACCUCAACAACCCCUCCAGCAAGCCCCUCCCACCCCCUCGGCCCGGCACCCGCGGCCGCCGCUAUGGCUCCAACGUCAACCGCAUCAAGAGCAUGUUCCUCCAGAUGGAGAGCACGGCGCCCGGGGAGGAGGGCGGGGCCCGCGGCCUGGCAGGGGAGCAGGUGAAGCUGUCCCUCCCCCCAGGCCGGCAGGGCCCCCUGCGGCUCCCCGAGCGGCUCCACAGUCUGGAGCCGCGGCCGGGCCGCGCUCCCGCCCCGCCCGGCCCCUCCAAGCUACAAGAGACCCGCAAGAUCUUCGAACAGCGCACCCUGCAGGAGAAGCAGGCGACCAACCGGAUCCUCCUGAAGCGGGAGGGCGCGGCCGGGCUGCAGGGCGGCCGUCUGGACGUGGUCGCCCGCUUCGACGGCUCCACUGAGGCUCUGGACCGCCUGGAGCCCGCCCUGGACCCCCCCCCGGGACCUGGCCCCGCCCCCACGGGACCCAACUCCGCCCCCACGGGACCUAGCCCCGCCCCCACGGGAGCUAGCUCCGCCCCCGACCCCACAGGACCUAGUUCCGCCUCUGCAUCCACAAUACUUAGCUCCAGCCCCACACCAUUGUGCUCUGACCUCGGGCCACUAAGCUCCACCUCUGUCCCAAUAAGCCCCACCCACACCCUCUCUAGCGCCGCCGGCCCCCUUCCUAGCUCCGCCCUUGGCCAGCCAGGCUCCGCCCCCCUGGAUGUGCCCAGCCCCACCGUCAGCCAGCUCAGCGCCGUGUUCGAGGCCACGGACCCCAGGCCCGCCCCCCCGCCUCCUCCUGCUCCUCCUGCUCCUCCUGCUGCUCCUCACCAGCGCUGCGCCUCCUCCCCCCUGCCCACCCCCCCACAGAAACCCCCCAAACCUCCUGGUCUGGGGGCGGGGCCUCCAGGGAGCAAGCAGGUGAAGUCAUGUCCAGCUCCUCGAGGAGACGAGGAGGUGGAGGGAGGAGCUGUCCGGACGUCUGGACUCGGAGAUAAGGAGGCAUCUGCUCCUUCAGGGGAUCCCCGCUCCUCUACCUCCUCCUCCUCCUCCUCCUCCUCCCCUGACUCCUCCUCCUCCCCUGAGACUCAGCCCCCAGCACCUCCCCGCGAGGCCCGACCCGGGACCGAAGCCAGGGGCUCCAGUACGUCCCCGGCCCCGGGGCCGGGGGCCGGCGGGGGGGGGGAGGUCCAGGCCGACGUCCACGCCUCCCAGGAGAACUCCGGCGCUCCUCCACCCUCCUCCUCCCCCUGGCCCGCCGAGGAGCAGGGGAGAGGGGGAGGGGCGGAGGGGAAGGGAGAGGAGGAGGAGGAGGAGGACUGGAGGAAGGAGGACACGGUGGACAUCAGCGCCUACAGCGGCCUGGGGGACGACUCGGGGGGGAGCCAGCUGGACGACGACGACGAGGACGAGGACGAGGACGAAGACGAGGAGGAGGAGGAGUACCACCCCGAGAGCAGCUCCUCAGAGAUACCCGGCUUACCCCAGGAGGAGGAGCCACCUCCGGCCAAUAGGAAGAUCUGCUUCAGCACUGGACCAAUUACGGUGUUCACCACAUACUCUAACGAGGACUACGACCGCCGUAACGAGGACGUGGACCCCAUGGCCGCCUCGGCCGAGUACGAGCUGGAGAAGAGGGUUGAGAAGCUGGAGCUGUUCCCCGUGGAGCUGGAGAAAGAUGGAGACGGUCUGGGGAUCAGCAUCAUCGGCAUGGGGGCCGGCGCCGACAUGGGGCUGGAGAAGCUGGGGAUCUUCGUGAAGACGGUGACGGACGGCGGUGCGGCCCACCGCGACACCAGGAUCCAGGUGAACGACCUCAUCGUCGAGGUGGACGGGACCAGUCUGGUCGGCGUCACUCAGAGCUUCGCCGCGUCGGUCCUCAGAAACACCAGCGGAACCGUGAGGUUUGUGAUUGGUCGAGAGAAGCCCGGGGAGCAGAGUGAGGUGGCUCAGCUGAUCCAACAGACCCUGGAACAGGAGAGGUGGCAGAAGGACCUGAUGGAGCAGAGAUACAGCCAAUACCUGGAGGAGGACCAGGAGACGGGGGAGUACGUGACGGACGAGGAGGAGAUGCUGAGCCCCGUGUUCCCCAACUGUGUGGAGGACCAGAGCUCCCCAUUGCCCGCAGACCCCGCCGACCUGGACCCCGACCGGCUGGCCCUCAAGUACAAGGAGCUCCAGAUAAAGCACGCGGUCACCCAGGCAGAGCUUCAGCUCCUGAAGAGGAAGCUGUCCCACGCCGAGCAGGAGCGCCAGCGGUGGCGGUCUGAGCGCGCUCAGCUGGAGCAGAACAUCAGAGACAACAAGGACCGCAUGGAGAAGCUGGAGGGCUACUGGAUGGAGGCCCAGAGCCUCUGCCAGGCGGUGGAUGAGCACCUGAAGGAGACGCAGUCCCAGUAUCAGACGCUGGAGAGGAAGUACAGCAAAGCCAAGAGACUGAUCCGAGAAUACCAGCAGAGGCAGACUGAGCACCAGAAGAAGGAGACGGAUCAGAGUCAGGCUCAGAAGGAAAACGACGCCUCGCACCGAGAAGAGACCAACCACCUCCAGGACCAGAUUUCCGACCUGGAGGCCAAAGUCGACGCUCUGAAGUCCACAGACUCCUCCUAGACCUGCAUCACCUCCUGUCAGGAACAGGAAGUACCUUUGGUGGAAAUUGAGGGGAUUAAAAUGCCGAAUAUAAAGAGGAGAGGAAGAAGAGGAGCAGCCAUGACACAAAGAAAGACCCGCUCCCGUUGGCUCCCGUCCUACUCUCACUAACCCUCCUGGAAUGCGAAUGGUUGCCUUACCCAGAAUCCCCCCGUCGUGUGUCUGCCCCCCUGAGGAGAGGGCUCCCAGGCUGCUGGACCCCCUGUCUGGACCGUCUCCUCUCCUCCACCUCCUCUGUCAUGCUCCUCCUCUCCCCCCCCCCCCCCCCUCCUCCACCACGAGUGUAUUCAGUGCUUGACAGCCUCCUGUCCCAGGACAGGAGGCUCCCCCUACCCCCCCCGCCCCCCCUCCAAGGGGACGACCAGGGCUGAGGGGCAAAUGUCCAUCCGUUCCCCCCCCCGAGGGGUGAGUGAAGGUCUGGACCCUGAAGAGACAGACUGACCUGGUGCCCCGAGGCCCCCCCCCCCCCCCCCCCCCCCCGUGGGACUACCCCCCCCGCCUGCUCUCUCACCUGAUUGUAAGAAACAUCUUUAUUUAAAGUGUUGCCAGGCGACGCUGAGCGCUGAAAACUUUUUUUAUCUGUCCGGCUGCCGAGCGACGGAGGAGGGAGGAGCCUGCGUCGCGCCGGCCGCAAUAGCAUGCGCUACGACGCGACUCUCGGACGCGCGUUCACGACGAGCAUCCCAGCUUUUAUAUCGCUCUCCAACGUCCUCAGGUUAGCUAGAAGACAGUGAGCUGUGCUAAUUGUUAUUCUUGUGCUAAUUGUAAUUGCUAUUGCUAACCGAUGUUGGCACGCAAACCAGCGUUAGCCUCAGUAUUCCGAACUUAACGCCACGUUCCGCCCCGACCCCCUGAGUUUAAAAGGUCUACGUGAAGCAGUACCCAGAAUGCAACAUUACCGGAAAUGCAACUUCACCUCUUUGAACCACAGCCGACCAGGACCAGAAACUAGACUAGUGACCAGAAGGACCAGAGAACGACUCGUCUGUAACGACAGGCGGUCUCUCUGGCGGACGGCAGUACAGUAUUAGCGGACCACUGGUCUGUGUGUUGAUGAUGAGUGUUUUCUUUUUGGGAGGGGGGUUGGAUUGAAACAUGUCUGUUUUCCUCUGAGUGGUUUUGGCUCUGUGUUUUAGGGGGGUGGGGGACCUUAUCUUAUCUUAUCUUAUCUUAUGUUCCUCCCUGAUCAAACCCUCAUUGUCUGCCAGCAUCCACUAAUAAACAUGAUCAACAACCGGAAACAUG